AUGGUGCUUCACAACCCAAACAACUGGCACUGGGUCAAUAAGGACGUGUCAGGUUGGGCGCGGGAGUACCUCGACAAGGAGCUGGCCCAGAUCUCGGCUGAGCAGGAUGGCGUGUCGGCGAAGGUAGACAAGAUUGUCAGCAUGGAUGGAGACGUGGACGUGAGCCAGCGCAAGGGCAAGGUCAUCACCAUCUUUGAUGUGAAGCUAAAGCUAGAAUAUUCUGGCAAGAACAAGGAGAGCGAGGAGACUAGCGGCACUAUCACGAUUCCUGAGGUCGCUCAUGACACGGAGGAAGACGAGUAUGUCUUUGAUGUAGAUGUCUACUCUGAGGACAGCUCCAAGCAGCCUGUUAAGGAGCUGGUGCGGUCUAAGAUCCUGCCACAACUGCGUACGAGCCUUGCAAAACUUGGCCCAGCGCUCAUGGCGGAGCAUGGAAAGGACAUCCAGCACGCGCCUGGGUCCAAUCCUUCAACUGGCUUCAACACCCCCAAGGUGUAUUCGAGCUCCAGCGUCAACAAGUCUACCGAUACCAAGUCUGGGGCGUCCAGUUCGCAACAGACUGGUUCUGGCGCUGUCGUGAAUGUGACCACUAUCACUGACAGCACAGAGUUUCGCACUGAUGCGGCCAACUUGUUUCAGACUUUCACGGAUCCUCAGCGCAUUGCGGCCUUCACUCGGGCACCACCCAAGAACUUCACUGGAGCGAAGCCAGGUGGUACGUUCGAGCUAUUCGGCGGCAACGUAAGCGGUGAGUUCACCGAACUACAAGAACCCACGCACAUUGUCCAGAAAUGGCGACUUGCACAGUGGCCUGCCGGACAUUACUCGACGCUCUCUAUCUGGUUUGACCAGAAUGAUGUUGAUGCUGUGACGGUGAUGAGGGUUGAGUGGAAGGGUGUCCCGGUUGGCCAAGAGGAACCCACGAAGAGAAACUGGGACCAGUACUAUGUCCGAAGCAUCAAGACUACAUUCGGCUUCGGCACUGUGCUGUAG